AUGUUCAACCUCAAGAGUAUCAUCACUCUGCUCGCCCUCGGAGUCUUCUCCGCCAGCGCAGCUCCCGCUCCUGGUGCCUCGCCGAUGGCCGAGGCUGAGCAGCCCGCUCUUGUCGACCGCCAGAUCAGCGUCAGGGUGUUCGCCUGCGAGCACAUCCGCAGCCAAGGUGCCUGCACCACGUUUAACGCUCCUCUCGGUCAAUGCUAUAACGUCCCCGCAGCCUGGAACGACAGGAUCAGCACCAUCAUCAACCAGGACAGACAGUUCCGCUGCGUGUGGUUCGAUGGCCGUUCAUACGCCAACCAGGUGGACGACCAUCUCGGUGACGGCGACGGGUACUUCAAUGAUCGCAUUAGCUCCAUCAGGUGCGGCUAA